CGAAAUCUCAGAACUGAGUAUGAAUGGAAACAUAAUAAUAGACAUAGUUAUUGGAAAUAGCGAUACUUCAUUUGAUUUGGAUGUUUUAUGACACAUGCGUGCUUCAGUUGUUUUUUAAAAGAAAAUUUUAAAAAUGUGAAAUAUCUGUAAGAUGAAAUAAAACUUGUCUGAUAGUUUCAAUGUUUACAGAUCAUUGUUAUGUACACUUCUUGCAUUUUCAAUACAUUGAACUAUAUUAGCAAUGUUUGAAAGUCAUAAUUAUACGCACAUGCUGGGCUGUUUUUAAUUAAGAAGAUUUUAGAGUCGUAAAAAAUAUAUAAUCGAGCUCUGUUGAAGUAUGUAGGCUAUAUUACCAUAUCAAAUUUAUUAUGAAACUGAUAUAGAGUUAAUAAUAGUGUAACAUCUUGAUUCGUAUGAAAUUAUUCUUAACGGGACGAUGGGGAAAUCAGCACAUAUUUUAUUCGUGUUGUUAAUAGUGUUCAUGCUGGUCCGGAGUAAACCGCCGACAGAGCAGCGUCUUCAUCACUUUCUUCUACAGGAGAACGCAUAUAAUAAGUUGAUUCGACCGUCAGGAAGAACGGUGAAUGGAACAACGGACAGUAAACUGACAGUGAAACUUGGCAUGAGGCUUUCUCAGUUACUUGAAGUUUCUGAAAAGAACCAGAUCUUGACAUCAAAUCUUUGGCUGAGACAUGAAUGGGAAGACCAGCGUCUUCGUUGGAAUCCGCAGGAGUUUGGCGGCAUAGAAAUGACAUAUGUUCCUUCUGAUGAACUAUGGAGGCCAGAUAUCUUAUUAUACAAUAAUGCGGACGGAGACUACGUCGUCACAAUGUUGACAAAAGCUAAAGUAAACUACACUGGUCUUAUUGUAUGGGAACCCCCAGCUAUCUACAAAACUUAUUGUCCAAUCGACGUUGAAUUCUUUCCUUUUGACCAGCAGGAAUGCUUCAUGAAAUUUGGCGUUUGGACAUACGAUGGUCACGAGGUGGACCUUCAGCACGUCUGGGAAAAGCAAGGUGUCAUGCAGGGAAACCAGAUGGUCAUUCCGAAAGGAGUCGAUCUUUGUGAUUAUUAUCAAAAUAUAGAAUGGGACAUUAUAAAUGUAACAGCCAGGAGAAAAGAGAAAUUUUACCCGUGUUGUCCUGAGCCAUAUCCAGACAUCACGUUUAAUAUAACUAUCCGAAGAAGAACUUUAUUCUAUACCAUUAAUUUAAUUAUGCCGUGCAUAGCUAUCUCGUGUUUGACCGUGUUAGUAUUCUAUUUACCCAGUGAUUCUGGAGAGAAAAUCACGUUGUCGAUUUCAAUCUUGCUGGCUUUAACUGUGUUUUUCUUACUUCUGUCUGAUAUAAACCCUCCUACGUCAAUUGUUAUACCAUUGAUAGGAAAGUAUUUAUUAUUCACCAUGAUUGUGGUAACAAUGUCCAUAUUCCUGACAGUUUAUACGUUGAGUAUUCAUUUCCGAUCACCAGCUACUCAUAAAAUGUCGCCAUGGAUAAAACGUGUAUUUACUGAAAUUCUUCCAAAAAUAUUGUGCAUGAAAAGACCAGUAGAUAACAGAAGAAGAAAACCGAAAGGUAAAGAAUUAGGAGAAACAAAUAUCGACGCCCCAGAACUUGUUCAUUUAUGGGAUAAGACCAAUGCACCGAAUUAUGAAAAUCUAAGAAAACGGACAUCAUCGGAGAGGGAGGAUCUGUCCAGAUAUCCAUCCGAGAUCAGAGAAUCAAUGAAUGGUGUGAAAUACAUUGCUGAGCAUCUGAAAAAAGAAGAUGAAGAAAAAUCAGAGGAACGUGAUUGGAAUUACGUUGCUAUGGUGAUGGACAGACUGUUCCUGUUUAUUUUCACGACAGCCUGUGUUUGUGGUACAAUGGGGAUAUUUUUGAAUGCGCCAUCUCUUUAUGAUCCUAGCAAGGCAAUGACAAGACAUGACUUCAACUGUUCUAAAAGAUAGAGGAAUGUCCGCGUUUGAUGACAGAUAGCAAAGAAUGACAAUCAUAUAGUUUGAUGACAGCUUUUGGAAACAGACCCUAAGGACAUUGAGAGGAAAAUUCAAAGAAAUGAUUUUCUCUCAUUAAACCUUGAUAUGCUGUUGAUCCAUUGGACAAAUUUGUAAUAUUGAAUUGACAUUAAAUUGCCACAAGCCGGCAAUGCCAAAUAUGAAUGUGUGGGGAAAUAGAAAACAUAAUAAAGCUAUUUGAACAUUGCAUUAUGUUCUUAUUGGAUGUGCUUAUAAAAUGGUGCGAAUAUUUAUUUGUCUGCUUGUUAUGUUGAAAACAGUUAUUGCGAGUAAUUAGUGUAAUAUGCUUGAUGUUUUAAUGUUAAAACAAUACAAACUCAUGUAUGUUGUGUAAAAGUUACGUAAAUAUUUAAGUCAAAACGCUUGUUUUUUUAUGUUUUUAUCAAAAUCUUAAUAUUAUGACCUUUGAAUAAUAUUAUGAAUUUAUCAAUAUCACGUUCAUCUUACUGGGCAUGCGCAAGUAAUACAUUCUAAUGAAAAUUUAUACAUGAUUGUUUUGGUUAAUAUCGGGAAUUUUAUAAAUUUAAUACAUUCUAAAUGAACAUUUACAUGCAUUUAUGCAUUGUUAUGCUUGAUUAAGCUGUUUGUAUAUUGAUAAAUUUUGAAUGAGACUCUGUUUUUUACUUGUAAUUGUUGUUUUUGUAUAGUUCUGUUAUUAUUUUACAGAUUGAUAUUUGCACAUAUUUUUGAUAUUGUUAUUAUAGUAAUUGUUUUGGCAAAAACUAAUUUUACUUAAAUAAUGAUUAACUUCCUUGAUACAUUUUAUGCUUUUGCAAUAAAUUGGACAUUCCAAUAUUGUGCUCUUGUGCACCGCUUAUGUCAGUGUCUAGUCCGUUGUUUGUAUUGUAGAACAGCGUAACAGACGGAAUAAAAUGAAGAAAAAAGUC